CGCCCAUUUCUUACCCUCCUCCCGCUCUUUCGUCAUAUCGUCCACGGCCUCUCUCACCGACCUCUCCCGCCCUGAACAUCUUGGCGCGCCAAUUCCUCUGCACUGUUGCUACUCUCCCUCCACCUCAGCCUCUUAUUUGAGGCUCUUCGUAGGCACCGAGAAUCCUUCUCGCGCGGCGCAUUUCUUGUUUUCUUCCUCCAGCAGUCCUCCCUGUUCUCGACUGCUUUCUUCUAGAUACUCAGGUACUGAACCUUGACACAUUCAAGGCUGUCCGAUUUUCUCUAGAUCGAGUCGGUUUUCUUCUGCUGUCGAGUAAGUUCUCACAUUCGAACAGUCAAUUGUCCUCCGCUGCUCUCUGAUUUCCGCUUUGUUUCUGGACACACGUCCGAUAUUUUGUGUUCGUCCCCAACGGAGUCCGUCCUCUGAGUACCCCAGUCUUCACUCAGCCUGUUUAUCGUGAAAACAUUUCUCGCCGAGGUCAAUUCCCACACUCGAGCUUCGAUAUUCUCAACAUUCAGCACUUUUUGGACGUUACUUUUAGUGCAUCUGAAAAUGCUUCCCCUGAAGCCCAUUCGGUUCUACGGCAGUGCUUUGCCGAGGCCUCGAAUUCACGAGGAUGUGAAGCACAGCGACACAAGAGUGGAUCCUCCACCAGGAAUCAACGACUCUCUCCUUCGCUGGGCUGCUAAUGCUCACUGGUCGAUGGGUGGCACUUCAUUCAAACGGCAUCGUAUGCAAGGCAAAAUUGAAGGGCGCCUCAAGAAGCUGCGUGACGAGAAGGAAGAGGGCGAGUCGUCUUCAGAUGAUGAGCCACCUGCUCCCAAGAAGAUUUCGAAGGCGCGGAAGGUGUUCAAGCCAAGUGUACCCAUGAAGUUAGCUUCCGGGAAGUCCAGAAACAAAGAGAAUUCUCCACCAGCUAAGCGUCGGCUUACGAGAGAUUCUCCUCAAUCUCCUCCUGUGGUCAUGAAGAAUUCCAGGCUUUCUCAAGCGACGCCGGCAAUCCCUUUGAGAGUCUCGCCUCGACACCAGGCUAUUCAAACUCCGUCCAAGGGAAGCGUAUCUCCACCAUCCUCCUUCGCAACUUUGGGGAGCUCUCCAGAAUUUCCUGUAAUUCGCCGAAGGCAGGUGGAAAGUGCAUUGCAAGCGUCUGAAGAAAGUGACAGUGACGGGAAUUUCGAAGAAUUUUCUCGUAUUGCUCCUCUGCGAAGGAGUUCCCGUGUGACUGCUAUCAGGAGAAGCUUCAAGGAUUUGGUGCCUCUGACCUCGUAGCUCCAAGUUUUGUACUUUCCCUCUAUCUUGUAAAUUUCAAACAACGAAUUGUCAGUCGUGUCGAUCUUUGGAUCACACCAGUUUUGUUAGGCCGUCUGCAGCAGCUAAAAUUUUGUUAGCAGAGUGCUGUCGGUUUACGCAUGCUUUUCUCCGGAAUCUGUUGUAGCUCGCUAACAUGGACGCAGGUAAGCUGCUGCCUCCAGUACACUGCCCUGCGUGGCGAAAAGCGUUGAGCAUACUUCCACUUUGAUAGAUCCUUAAUUUACUGCUUAGGACGAAAUAUUUGCAACCAGUGAGUCGCCUGAUUUUGACAUGGCCGCAGUGUCCGCGAUGUCUUGCCAGAAUGCUCUACUAGUCAGUUGUCUACAAUACUGGAGUUUGGAGUCCCCGUGAUGCUGUCAAUUACAGUCCCCCGAGUUAUGAUAGUAUAUCUUGCUUGGCAUCACAGCUUCUUGUAGUGAGAGUAUGCUUUUGGAGUAUACUACUCUAAAUGAGUCAUACAUCAGCACACUCCCAUAUAUAGAAAUUGUUGUCUUGAUACGAAAUGAGGUCGGAAGCGAUAUGUAACUUUUUAUGUACAUAGAACAACGAAAUUGUCGAGUUGUGCGUCAGCUGUUUACUGACACAUUUUUCCGGUUAAUGUGAAUCUUUUCGACCUGAAUUAGCAAAAUGUAUAAAAUCUUUCGGGCGUCGUUCGUCGGGCUGCCUUCCGCUUAACAGAUACAAAGCAAGCGCUCGGUAUAAUUACCAUUCGCAAAGCUUCUGUUCAAAACAAAUGAAAGACAAGAAAUUAGUAUAUUUAUCCCUGUGCAAAAGUAGAUAAUCUUUAAUACGGAAAUGUCAUACAUCAUGAUAUUUGCAAAAAGUGCG